UGUUUCAGUCUAUUAAUGAAGAUUAAAGCUGCACUAAUCUCUCAUGGAUGCUUCUUGCGAGAGUGUACCGUCCAACACUUGGUAAUUGGUGAAUGCUCCCGUUUGGACUCUGGCGUUGAGCUUCAGGGCACAGUUAUGCUGGGAACGGACUAUUACCAAACUGAAACUGAAAUUGCAUCUCUACCAGCUGACGGUAAGGUCCCGAUUGGAAUGGGACACAAUACCAAAAUCAGGAACUGCAUUAUCGACAAGAAUUCUAAGAUAGGAAACGAUGUGAUCAUUGCCAACAAAGAUGGUGUUGAAGAAGCGGAUAGGCCGGACGAAGGAUUUUAUAUCCGGUCGGGAAUCACCAUCAUAGCAGAGAAGGCAACAAUUAAAAAUGGUACUGUUAUAUAGGCGGAACAUAAAUUACUUCCACGACAGCUCUGGGCUUGGAAUUAGAAGGGGCACUAUCGAAAGCUGUUACUGUCGGAUGAGCUUCUGAAGGUGGCGUUAGCAGAGCAUUUUGCCUCAGAAAAACAAAGCUGCAAUGCUAUCAAUUACUUUUAUGUAAAUUGUUACUUGUUUUUUGCAUUGUAAAGUAAUAGAUUCAAUGUCAGUUGGAAAAAUAAAUCAGGUGGCUAAGCCCCUU